AUGUCAAACAAAGAGAAUAAUGAACAUCAUUUACUAAGAAUCAUUGUCGAGUUUGAUGAGAACAUAGAUAUCAUUUCUUUUAGUUUAGUAUGUAAGAGAUGGUUUGAUCAUCGAGAUAAAUAUCUAUAUUUCAACACCAAACUAUUUUCAAGAUUACACAAUUCAUCAUUACAAGAUACCGAUAACAAGUGUUUUCUAUUGAACUCCUAUAGAAAUGCAUUUUCUAAAUCAAUUGAUCAAAUAUCAGAUUGUACACUCUUCAUAAAGAAAGAGGAUAGCGAAGAAUAUGAACUUUAUACAGAUUAUACUAAAACAUUAGAUGAAUUCAAAAGUAGUGUUUUAGAUCCUGCAAUCUCAACGGUUCUUUUCGAAGAUGAGAUGGACUUGGAUGCCGACACUAUCGAGAAACUAAGACGAUCUAACGUACAUACAAUUCAAUAUAUGUAUGAAGAGUUUAGAAGGUUCCCAUUCAAAAACAAAUUGCAAUUGCCCUCCAAUAUCAAAACGAUCAUAACGCAAUCAGAUUUAGAUCGAUCGAUUUAUCCAGAGCAAUUGGAAUCACUGGAUAUCACUACCAAUCAAGAUACAAUCGAUGUAUCAGUUCUACCUCGAUCACUCAAACAUCUUGCCGUCUAUGGUCUUUCCAAUACCAAUGAAGAUUUCAAAGUGAUACCACCAAAUCUAGAGACAUUUCAAUUUAAAAUUCAGCAUAUCAAUGCUUUGGUUGAUAGUUUUAUGUUCCCAUCAACACUAAAGGUUGUCGCAAUACCGAUUGAGUGGCUGAAGAACAUCAAGAACUCACAUUCCAUUCACAAGCUUAGUUUGCAUGCAGUCAAUCACUAUGAGGUGAUCGAAGCUGGUGAUAUUCCAGAGAGUGUAACUCAUUUGACCAUCAAUGGUAAAUCUGUAGCCAGUUUGGAAAUCCACAGAAACCAAUUACCUUCGAAGCUUAGAUAUCUAAAGUUAAUGAAUAGUGCUAGUUUCGACAGAGAUUCAUUCGCAUCAUUGGAGCAUCUGGAAACAUUGGAUCUAUCCAAACUAUACAACUCCAAAGAUAUUGCUACUGUUACUUAUCCAAACAAUUUGAAGAAUCUCUACCUUCCAAACUCUAUCGAUGAAACUAGUGUGGUGUUUCCCCCGUCAUUGGAACUAUUGUCUGCUAUCGGUAUGAAUUAUUCGCUCAUUCCAAAAUCAAUCACUCAUUUAGAUUUCAAUAGAAUUCCACCAAAAUUGGUAUCAUCGGAUAUUGUUAAACCAAAUGUAAGGCUAAUUACAUUUAUCAAGCAUUUAAUAAGUAAAAUUCCACCAACAGUCAAUACAAUCACUCUAAAAGAGUUAUACGAUGAUGAAAAUAUCCAAUACAAAGCACGUAGAUUAUCUGAUCGUUCAUUCCUUUUACUAGGAAACAAUCAAACUGAAAUCGUUGCAUCUAUUUAUUACUUAAACCCUUAA